AGACAUAAUAAUGAGUCUAACUGUUGGGAAACUCACAGACCAUGAAGUUAUAACCCUUGCACGUCACUACCAGGUGCCCGAGGACACGAGUCCUGAUAUGAAUGUCCUAAUUGCACAGGCCCAUGAACAGCUCAAGAAGAACACUUUUGAGAAUUUUGAAAGGCUCACUGCUACUUGUGUAUACCAAGAUCGAGAAAAAAAAAAAGUAUUACCCAGCAAAGACAUCAGAAGGCUGUGCAAGUCCUCCAGGUUACCUUUGACCGAUGAUCUUCUGGGAUCCAUACUGUCUGGGUUUGAAGACAGUAAAGAACAAAUAAAUUAUGAGUCAUUUUUCUGCGCCCUGAACUGGAGAAUGAAUCCGAUGCCCGAAUUGGAAGCACCGUCAUACAUGAAAGAGUAAACCAACCAGAAGAUGCAGCG